CAACGGAGUCUAUUAGCGAUCGAUAGGACCAUCGCUUAUUCUUUGGCUGGCUUCCAGCUGUGGGUAUAGGUUUCGACAACAGUGGAGAAAUGGCUUACACCGAAAAUUGCAUAGAUUAUUAAAAUUUUCUCUGACGCAAGACGAGGUGGUUGUUUACGCGGUUUUAUUCCACGAGUGAAAGUGGACAUAGCAAGACGUGCUGCCAAAACGAACGUGUAGACUUGAGUGUCUUGUGUUAUCGAAAUAAUAGCGAGUUUCUGAGGAUAUAUAGAGAGAGGGACAGCUGAUCGUGGCCCACUGUUGUAGAAAGGCGCGCCGAGUGGAACGAUACUAUAUGCAUGUAAGGGAGUAUACUAUAAGGCCUAUGCAAUUGUAACUUACUACCAGUCAGCCGGAGUUGACAUAUAUCAACAUAAUCUUCAAAAAACAUGCUACGCGGAAAUAGACAGUUGGAACCUUCAUCAAAAGUCCAUCUGAAGUAAUUUCAUAUACAGUGAAGCUACACAACUGCAUAUACUGCAGUAUUCCCUGGGAAACAACUUUAAAUUUUUACAGAAAACCGGCGACGGCAAGUGAACGAAGACGAAAUAUGGCAACUGACGAGGGAUCAAAUCGUUUCCAAGUGCUGUGUUACGAACAAGUCGUCCGGCUGCACGAGGUUAUGGAAGACGUCGUUCCAAUCCACGGCAGAGGUAACUUUCCCACUCUUGAAAUCAAACUUAAAGACUUGGUGAAAGUUGUAAGAGAAAAAUUGAAAUCUGAAGGGGUGAAUGUAAGAGAUGUGCGCCUCAACGGAGGGGCUGCAAGCCAUGUUUUGGGCACUGACAAUACGAAAAUACCGCCUUACAAUGACUUGGACUUGAUUUUCGGCGUGGACCUGUCAAACCAAAACGAGCUGCAGAAAAUCAAAAACUGUGUUCUGGGAUGCUUGACUGACUUUCUUCCAAAGGGCGUGAGCAAAGAAAGAAUGAGUAGUUGCAGUUUGAAGGAAGCAUAUGUUCAGAAAAUGGUGAAAAUUUGCAAUGAGCACGGCGACCGGUGGAGCUUGAUUUCGCUCUCCAACAACAGCGGCAAGAACGUGGAGUUGAAAUUCGUGGAUACGAUGAAGCGACAGUUUGAAUUCAGUGUCGACUCGUUCCAGGUCAUACUGGACAGCUUAAUGACAUUCUACGAGAUCGCUCAGACCCCGAUGAGCGAACAUUUCUAUCCAACUGUGGUGGCUGAGAGCGUGUUCGGGAAUUUCGGCGAAGCAUGGCACCACUUGAAUAAAAGAUUAAUAGCUACGAGAAAUCCAGAGGAGAUCCGCGGGGGAGGCCUGCUGAAGUACUGCAAUCUGCUGGUGCGGGGUUACACCUCGGCAGAGAGCGUUGAUAUACGGGGCUUGGAGAGGUACAUGUGCUCCAGGUUUUUCAUAGAUUUCAGCGAUCUUGGCCAGCAGAAGCAAAAACUGGAAGCUUAUCUGGCCAACCAUUUCACUGGAGAGGAAGACUUGAAGUACGAAUACCUAAUGACAUUGUACAGAGUGGUUGAUGAAAGUACCAUAUGUCUGAUGGGACAUGAGCGGAGACAAACGUUAAACCUCAUUCACCAGCUGGCAUACCAGGUUCUCAUGGAACAGGAACAGAAGGCGCACAAUAAGUAUCUACAGAUGCAACAGUUUGACCAGUUAAACAACCUGACCAUAGACCAGGUUUAUUUUGGCCCCUGCACCCCAUUCAGCCAGUAUUAUGGGUAUAUGCCAACAGUGUAUCAGUACAAUGGUUCAAGCAACUGCCCGUUGUGCCCCACUUACCUACAGUGCUCAUAGGAGACUUACAAUUUGUGCUAAAAAAUCCUCGACCGGAGCAACUUCAUCAUUCAUUUUGACUUGGUAUGACAAGCUUGGCAUCAAUGGUUCAUAUUUUUCAUCUUUUCCCCCAUAUUUUUCUUCAUUGGGAUCGCAUGUUUCGUGUUGAAUUAUCACACUGCUGUCUCCUGUUUUUUUGCCAUAUGUUGAUAAUUGAUUUUUUCCCCAAGCGUAUGGAUCUCUUCACUUGGAAGACAUGGUCGAAUGUUAAAAAAGAUGGUGUGUACAUGUACAGUGAUGAACUUUAACUUCUGUUACUAGUUUUACAUGACCCAUGGUGGAUAUAUAUACCCAAAUAUAUAUAUAUCACAUAUUAUAUAUAUAUAUAUAUAUUGACUUUAUAGUACUCGUGUCCACACAGCCUUAGGUGGACAUUUGUGGCAUAUGGAUAUUAUUGUACAUUAAAUGAGUGGGCCAAAGACAACCCGGUCAGUUGAUGUUUUCUGAAGAACUGUAUUGAUAUGGAUGGCAUUGUGGAUGAAGUGUCUGUACAUAAGUUUUGGGAAAAUUUGUUUCACAUUUUCUUUUUUCCCCUCGUGAUCAUGUUUUCAAUUGAGAGGGACAUAUGUUACCCAAGCAUCCAAUCAAUGAUGGGUACAUUUACUGUAAUUACCUGGCUGUGCAGUCAUUUCUGGAACUGAGGGAAUCAAUCUGUACACCUUUUUCAUCAUUUUACCGGAAAAUGUGGCUUUUAUGUUACACGAGAGGCUGUUUGCAGGAGAAAGGGUUAUGCCAGUUCGGAUGGAGUGCUAGCAUGUUAUGUACUGAUCUCGUUUUAAGACUGUUAUAAACUGACCCCGUGGAAAGUGUAGAUUUUUGAGCUAUGAUUGACAACACAACUGUGCAUGCAGGGGAUACCAUAAGUAUACUGAAUGACUCCGAAAUUUAAGAAAAAAAAAAGCAAAUAUUUUUUAUGAAAGAUAGUAAAAAGCUAAAUACAGCUAUGAUAAAUGUCCACAUUGAAAUCUAUAUAUAUAUAUAUAUAUAUAUACACACACACAUAUAUUCUGUCUAACCAUUUUCCUAUGUCUAAAUGUAAUCAAAGGAUGUUCAACAUGAAGUAGUUUAUAAAAGCGCACUAGAUGCGUGUUCAGAGCAGUGUUGAUACAGACUCAUGUGGCUGAAUUGUCUUCGCAAAGCAUACUAUACAUGUGUAUAUUUUCCAAAUGUCAAAGAGUAUUUAAAAAACAACAAAAAACAAUGACAUGCCUAUGGGCUGCUUGGAACUGUUCUAAUUGAUGGUUUAAUUUCAAUUUGAAAAUGUCUCAAUAUUUUAAAAUGAAUGUGAUAUUUAAUACAUGUUACUACUGUAAUGGCAGCCAGAAUCUCUUUGCAUCAGAAAGUGAUGUUCGGAUAACCAAUCAGCUGCGUAUGGUGAAAUAUUAUAAUAGUUGUCUUUCAAUUUCAUUGCUUUUUUUUUUUUUUUUUUUGCUUUAAAUCCAUCGAUAGCUAGAUGCAGAAAUCUUAAUGUCAACCCUUGUCAGGAUUCUUCCAAACAAAAUUCUUUAGAUACGAUAGGAAUAAGCAAUAGAAUUUUUUCCUCUUUUUACCAUAUAUAUAUGUUGAUGUCCUAAACUACAAAGGUUAAGUCAUUGUAAACACAAUGCAUAUAUACAUAUACUUACACAUGCCUGUGUUAGAUUACAUUGGAAUCUCUUCCUUGUUACUGCUCAACUGACAAUGUCUUGUGAUAGAUGCAAAAAAUAGUUGUGAUUUAUGUACAGAAUUGAAAGUAAACCCAGUCAUUCAACUAGAUAGUUGAAAACUUCAUCGUUAAAUGCGUAUGUUCAUGUGUAUAUAAUUAUCUUCAAGAAACACAAAAAAGGAAAAAACUGUCAUAAUCUGACAUAUGUGAUAGCUGUUGAAUAUGUACUCAACUAGACUUACAGUAGACACUGUUACACAGGUAUUUUGUAAUAAAGCAGAAAAAAAAAAUCAAGCAAACCUCAGUCUGUCACGAAUUGUCUGUAAAACUAGAAAUGUAAACUAAGCAAUGCACAUAUGGCCUAGCCUUAUUGAAGAGAUUGAAUAAUUUUUUGACUGAUCCAAAUGUAAGGUCAAAUUCUGAUAACCAUUGUCUUGCCUCGCUCCCAUUGUUCUGAUAAAUGAUACUAUGAAAUAGAUGCAAUCAGUCUUCUAACACUUUUCACGUUUUAUUCUCUUUCCCCCUAAUUUAGUCCAACACAAAAGCCACCAGUUAUGUGGCACUUUUAUGAAUUAUUUUUAAGUGAAUUGAAUUGCAUAGUUAAGAGCAUCAUGACAUUAAAUUAAAUAUUCAGUCUGGUAAUGAUCAUUUAAUUUUUCUAAACGAACCAGGCAGAAUGUUAAUUAUGUGAAUCUUGAAUGACCAUUAGGAGGGCUUUCCAUCUCUACUUUCCCGGUAUAAAAUGUUAUUCAUUAUAGUUAACUUUUGUGUUAUUUUGAGUUGUACAUAUUCAGUACAUCAUGAAAAUCCAGUUUGGCUCUGAGGUGAUACACAUUCUAACGAGUAUAUAUAUAUAUGUAAUGUACAUCAUUGGCGGACAUCUUCUGAUCAUGGGUACGAUAUUCGCAUGACUUGUCAAUUUCUUUGUUCCCUUUUAUGUUGUUGCUGAGUGCUCUUUGGCUAAUGAUGAGUGUAGGGCUCCCACAAUAACUUGACUGCAUCACUGACCCGCAAACUGGGUCAUUUAACUGACAAGUCGCACAUAUUAAAUUCCACUCACUACUGUAAACUGUCAGUGCAAGUAGUCCAGCAAAAGGGGAAAAAGGGAGCUUACAAAAACAAUUAUUGUGUACAUACCUUGGCCAGAUAAGAUUUAAUCAAAUGCUUGUUA